GGGGGUUGGGAACUUGUAUCUGAAAUAAACAACAAAAGGAGGAGGAAGAGGACAAAUAAAAGCAAGGGGCUUCCUCCAAAGCCGGACAUCCCCACUCAGAACUGCUUCACAGCUCUGUAAGGGGGCUAACAAGGUGCUACCUGCCACAACAGAACAGCCAAUUGCCCCACCAAUAAAGAGAGCUACCAGUGCUCCCAAGAAAAGGGGGCAGGUGAUAGUAGUGGGCGACUCUACUUGAAAGGUACAGAGGUACCCAUCUGUCAGCCUCACCCGCUCAAGGGAGCUAUGUUGCUUACCCUGAGCUCAGGUCAGAGAUGUUGCCAAGAGGCUGCCCAGUUUAGUACGUCCCACUACUACUCGCUUCUAGUGGUCCAUGUGAGUGCCGGUAAUCAUGGAAUCAACUAGGUUGGAAAAGACCUUUAAGAUCAUCAAGUCCAACUAUAUUGCCAGGAUUGCCAGUAGUGAUAUAGCCAGCAGUAGUCUGGGAGCAUCAAAAAGGGCUGCAGAGCCCUGGGAACAUUGUUAAGGGGCUCUGAAGCAGCACGUUGGUACUCAGGCCUCAGGAGAGGGUGCUGCCUCACACAUGGGGUCAGCCCGUGGAAGGGGACACUGAUGGGGACACGCUCUGCACCAGAGGUGCUCCAUGGCAGCAGUGAUGGUACCUCUGAGUCUACAGACUGUGGCCUGUGGAGGAGUCCUGCCAGAGCAGAAGGAACGUGCGAGAGGAAAGGGGCAACAGAAGGGCAGGGGGGAAGGCAAAGUGUGGCAGAGAGGAACCAUCCUUUACCAAUGUAGAAUGUCAAGGCACUGUGUGCCACCUCCUGGGGGGAGUCCAAGAGUGACUUGGUCCCCCCAGACUGCUGUGUAGAUACCAGCCACUCUGGCUAUCUGCUUUGUCCCUUGCCAAAAGGCAAAAGGCUUGUGUGUGCUGGAGCAGAGGUUCCUGGAAUUCAGUCUGGUCUUCCCAAUAAAAUCUCAGGAGUUCAUUUUUGACCUGGGUUUGGGCAUCGCCUUACUUCUCACAUGCUGAUGAUAAAGCUUCUAUCCAUUUUGAUUGAGUUUCUCUACAGAAUGCAGCUCUUUAGUGCCCGCAUGGGAAACUGCAUAUACUCGGGCCAGGGAGCACUGCAGGCACUCUCGCCUCCAGUCUCGCAGCUUCCAAAGCAGCCCCGGUCUACAGUUGGUCCAAAGCCUCCUGACCGAGCAGGACCACUAUUUGUUCUCGUGCUAUUUCAUGCUAUUCACAUGCACAUGAAUGGGUGUCCCAAAUGCGUGUCCAGAUGGGCUUCAGGCAGGCCCUGGGGCAGCCAGGCGGUGACAUGGCAACACAACAAUGCAACAAUGGGCAACUACUCCACAUAGCAGCAUCUGUGGUGGCUGCUGCUGGGUGCCUCUGGAGUGAGAUGUGCCAGCGCAGCGUUACAGCUCCAGGAGAACACUUGGAAUAGCCAUGGAGCACCCUCUUGCUGCUGGCCAUGGAGACACAGACAUGCAGCCGAGCACAGAGGGGAAGCGGAGAGACAUGAGCAGGAGGCUGACGGUGAGGACUUGGCCCAGCAGCCCGGGACAUCUCGGGAACAGGAGACUCUUACUGGCAGAAGGACAUACUCAGCUGCUGGAUCUCCCGCUUGGGGUCAAGAUCCCUGUGUACCCUGGCACCAAGCCCAUCUUCUGCAGGACAAUACUAGGGAGAAAGCUUUUCCAGUCCCCUGGUUUUUUCAACCUGAAAGAUCCCUGCUGCCGCCUGCUAAGCAUGGAAUACAACAGCCUGCAUGACCCACAUCUGCAGGCCUACCACCGUCGCAAGGACCACCUGCAGAUGCUAAAGAGAGAGGGUUACAUCACCUAUGAUGGCAAAGUGAUUUGCAGUUUGAAGCAGUUCAAUGAGUACAGGCACUAUCUGACCCAGCUCAAGGUGGACGCAGAGAACACGUUCAGGCGAGAGGAGCACAAGCUUUGGCAAGAACUGGACAAAUUAGAGGAUGCCUCCGAACUGCCAGAUGAGCUGCAUGUUUCUCAGCUGCGAGAGUGGCUGGUGCACAAGCAAAGAAAGAGGUUGCCAAGUGGAGAGAGGAAGAGAAGAGAGAGGAUUCUUGCUGUCAUCGAGAAACAGAUUGGUAGACUAGAGGCACUGGAAAAAGAGCAACGCUUCCUCCAGUGGGUCGGCUGCAAAGAGCAUCUGGGAAAGAGGAGAGACACAGUCAGCACGCUACAGUGCCUGCCUUCCGAGUGUGCCAGAGAAGAAGCGCCUGAGAACAUAUCCCAGCUGCAGCUUAUACUGACAGAAGAAGAGGAGGAGCUUCAAGAGUUGGCUGAGGCCAAGGUCCAGAUAAUGACAGCACAGGAUAAGUCUGACCAUGCCUUGGGAAAGGCUUCCCAUGGGGUGAAAGGAAGGUUGUUUGCCAGAACCAGUGAAGCAGAGUUUUUGCAGAUUUAUGUGAAUGUUGAGGACAAAACUAGACUGGUGGCUCAGGAGAUUGUGACAACAGUGUUGGAGAUCUUGUUGGAGCACUUGGCAUCCAGCGGGCCAGGGCUUGCUGCCAGAAGAGCCUCCACAGCGGGCAAAUCUGGAGAAGAACCAGCAGCUUCCAGCAGAGUAUCUUUGCAGACUUGUAUUGACAAAACGACCGUAGAGGCUGUUGAAAGUGUUAGCUCCAUCUUGUCAUCCUUUGUAGGAUGCUGUCCGUUUUCUAAGUUCCUGAAUCGUCAGGAUGUGACAAGACCAGGAUCACACAGACCACCGGAACAGCAGAUCCCAGGAGCAAGUGAGGCAACGUCCAUGCAAAGCCCUGCUACUGUCUCCAGAGCUGAGCAGCAGGAUGCAGAGAUUGAGUAUGUCAGAGCAGUUGUCCUUGAAGUUCUGGAAACCGUGAAGAAGAAGUUGGAGGAAAAAAGUAAGCACAUGCCAAAGCCCCCUAUGCAGGCAGGAGCCCCGCACAGGCUGUAGGAGCCCCUGCAGCCCAACUCAUUAAAGAGGGAAGUAGCUGGGAACCCGAAGAGGUAUGUGGUUCUAGGGCCACAGAGGCCCUGAGCAGUUCCAUAGGAUGAAGAAUAAACCGUUUGUUCCCAA